AUGACGAACGUGAUGGGUGAAAUAAUCGUCCGCAUCGAUAAACCGAGUAAUCCAGGGAAGAGAGGCGGAGAAAUGGUGGAAAUAUUUAACGGUGGCGGAAUGGAAGACCUCUGGCAAGUCAGAAGGCUGGAAAAGCUGAGUGAGAGAAUCCCGAGAAAAAAUAAAAUUACAACACAAGUUGUAAAUUCACGAGAGAAAAUCUUCAAGGAACGUUUAAACGAACGAAGCAGAUGGCAUGGCCAUUCUAAAUCCGAGGCCAAUAACAAACGACAGAGAUACAACCGUUCCCUCGAGGAAGCAGUAGAGAUGAAGAAGACUGUGAAGACGAAAACAAACGACACUCGAUAAGGGAGGAUUUAGGAAGAAAUGUAUCGGUCUACGACGCGGCACGGAGCAUUCACGUCGCACUCCGACGGUUGAAGAAGAAUGAAAAGAGCGAAACGGAAAGGGACAGCGUCGAGUUACGAGAGUCGAACCUAUUUUCGGUCGGCGAAAUGCAAGUAGAACGAUAGUCCCGUGAUGCAUCGCGGCAUAUGGCGUAAAUCAAGCAGCUGCGACGACUGAUUCCAGCGGUACCAACCCACGC